GUGACUCAUAUCGGUGAGUCGCCGCCAGUCAACGCAUGCAUGCAAGAGAAACUUGUCCUCCCGCUUCUCUGAGCGAAAAUCGGAUAUCCUUGGCAUAGUCAACAAAUUUAUGUAAUCCGCUCUGCACAAGACAAGAUCUCGCAUCUUUUACAUCCCCUUGGGAUCUACGCCGUUCACCACAGACUUGACCGUCUGCUCGUUAUUCUCCGCGACUGAGUCAUUUUUAAAAGAUUUAUCUUUCCGUGGUAUGAGGAAUUCCCUAUUUUGCGAUACGAUGGAGAUAUGCAAUAUGCAUGGCGAGUUGAUGGUAGAUUGCUUACGCAGUCACGCAACCACAAUUGCUUCUAAAGUUUACAUCAAGUGAUCGAGUCACGUCCAAGUGGUAUCCGCAUUAUUACUGUUAUCCCUUAUUUCUCGCUGGACGAUGCUGGAGAUCUUUGACUGCCGCUGCAUCUUCUCUUGUUCCAUUGGGGACGCAUAAAAAAUUUCGUUCAGCGCGUUGUGGAAAGGCUGCAUUAUUGAUGGGAUUUGGAUGAAAGGCGUCAUUUGUAUCACGGAGUGAUUGUUUUGGACAUGUCUUCCAGUCAAAUGGCGUCUUUGACAACACAAUCGGGAGAGACAUUCAGUGCGCCGGUAAGUCGGGGCCAUCGCGGCAGCAGUGGUGACCAUCCAUUUCGCGAUAUCGAGGAGAAGUACGGAAUAGCGGAAAAUGGCGAUGCCGAUUUGAUUCCUCGUAUAGAUCGCGUUAUUGACUACCUGAAAAAAUGAACUAAGGAAAGAACUGAAGCUCAAGGAAGGUGCGGAGAAGAUUCGCAGAGUGACCACUGACCGCAGCAGCUCCACACAAGCUCGCAGCAUGGUCAAGAAGUCCACAUCUGUGUUGCUGGAAUUACAAAAAGACCUGAAUGAUCUUAAUAACUUUCGGUUGUUUGUGGUCGGUGGGGAUUCGAAGCUUGAUGCGUCGCCCCGUGUUAUGCCACGACGAGAACAAACGCUGUCUCAGGGAGAUUCACUCGACGAUCAGCACGAGUCCGAUGCCCGCUUGGAGCAUAUUGCAAUUCUGCAGCGACAGCUUGACCGUGAAAUGAUGGUCAAACAAGGCGCCGAAAAGCUGUUGCUGACUUUGGGAACUGGUUCGACGAUGCAAAAUAAAGACAAAGUAAAACUUUACCAAGAGGCGGAUAAUAUGUUACGUGAAAGCAAGAGUCGUAUGGAAUACAUUCGCAUGCAGAUUCUGAGGGCGCAAGCUGCCGUGGAGAAUGGUCAGAAUGGGCGUAACUGUCUCGGUCUGGAAACGCCGAUUCAGGUCAGAAUAGAGGAUUUACGUCAUCGUUUACGAGUGGAGGCGGCCCUGUGCGAUGGUGCGCGAAAUGUCAUCAAGCUGCUUAACGCGACCAAGAAUGCGGAUAAAAAGGCUUUACAAGAAGCAAACAACACUUUGGAGGAAUCAGAAAACAAACUCCGUUUGAUUCGUUUAAGUCUGGAACGUCGCAUUCACGAGUUGGGAGACUGUCCACAGAGUUCUCUUCUGGCAAAAGAGCUGAUAAUCUAUAGCCCAACCACGACAUUUAAUUAUACACUGGCUGAUGGCCGACACUCCGUUUACGCCUUUUCCGACGUGAAGGGAUUAACAUCGGAUAUUGUUCCUCCUUGUGUAUCGAAACCUGCGCCCAUUAGCGGAACAUUAAAUGUGCGGCUGGUGGGUUGUCAACGGCUUCUGGACGAAGUCCCUGGACGGUCCAAACCAGGACUGGGUCUCAGAAGUAAGGGAUCGCUGAAAGGAAGAGUGUAUAAUGUCCGCGAUGAUAAAGAUCAUUCCAGUGAAGUCAUGGCGGUUCUUAAAAUUGACAAUAAUCGGAUCGUGGGUCAGACUGCUUGGAAAAGAUGUAGCGAAAAAGCCUGGGAUCAAAGAUUCGAAAUUACCCUCGACCGGGCAAGGGAACUAGAAAUUGGUAUAUAUUGGCACGAUUAUCGGGCGCUUUGUGGUGUGAAGUUCUUGAGGCUGGAAGAUUUUAUUGAUAACGCUCGCAACGGUAUCCCCCUUGAAUUGGAGCCCCAAGGAACGUUAUUUGCUGAGUUCCAUUUUCAAAAUCCAACUUUUUGUCCGAAACCCCGCCUCCAACGUCAAGAUAAAUUGUUUGGUAAACACAAGGGAAAAGUUUUACGACCCCACGAGCUGGGCAUCAACAUCGCUGCUUGGAGCCGCCUUUUGAAGAAGGAAGUGCCACAGAUUGGUCCAGAUGAGCGCUCUUUGAUCGAAGACAGCGAUAUCCUCCCUCCUGCACCUCAUGAGGCUGCUGCCGUGAUCGAAGCCGAGCUGAAAAACCGAAUGAGUCGGGAAGGCAGUACUGAGAGUGAUUUGAUCAACCUAUCGAAGGAUCGGAGGCGGAGUUCUGAGAAAGUGGUGAAGCAACGCAACGGGAGCGCACGGAGUGCCGAGGUGGUGAAUUCUUACGCCGACAAGGCCGCGGGUUCCGUGUCUCCGAGGAAAACUCAGGUUCCGGAAAUACCGCCUCGAUCCGAAUUUAAUGGAGACUGGAUUUCCGAAGCGCAGUUGAAGUUCAGUGCAAUACCGGGACAGUGCACGUUGGACGACUUCCGGUUGAUAUCCGUUUUGGGUCGAGGUCACUUUGGUAAAGUAGUUUUGGCUCAGCACCAGCGGACGGAAGGUUAUUUCGCAAUCAAAGCUCUAAAGAAGGCCGAUAUUAUUGCGCGUGACGAGAUCGAUAGUCUGCUGGCGGAGAAGCGAAUAUUUGAAACUGUUAAUGCCAUUCGUCAUCCAUUCUUAGUCAAUUUAUUUGCUUGUUUCCAGACGCAGGAUCAUGUUUGUUUUGUUAUGGAAUAUGCUUCGGGUGGAGAUCUGAUGAUGCAUAUCCAUGCCGAAAUUUUCUCUGAACCGCGUGCAUGUUUCUACGCAGCCUGUGUGUUACUGGGACUGGAGUAUUUACACCAGAACAAAAUUGUUUAUCGUGAUCUCAAGUUGGAUAAUUUACUGCUGGACGCGGAAGGUUACGUGAAGAUUGCCGAUUUUGGUUUAUGUAAAGAAGGAAUGGGAUUUGGCGAUCGCACGGGAACCUUUUGUGGGACGCCGGAAUUCCUGGCACCGGAAGUGCUGACGGAAGCCUCUUAUACCCGUGCGGUCGAUUGGUGGGGUCUAGGAGUACUGGUGUUUGAAAUGUUAGUCGGAGAAUCACCUUUUCCUGGUGAAGACGAAGAAGAAGUCUUUGACAGUAUUGUAAAUGAAGAAGUCAAGUAUCCACGGUUUCUCUCGAUUGAUGCAGUCGGACUGAUGAAAAAGCUGUUGAGGAAGACGCCCGACAAACGUUUGGGUGCAAGUGAAGCGGAUGCUGAAGAAAUCAAAAAACAACCAUUUUUUCGCAGCAUAAAAUGGGAUGACCUUUUGCGAAAGAAGGUGAAACCACCAUUCGUACCAAAAAUUGCAUUUCAGGAAGACGUUAGUAAUUUCGAUCCAGAAUUCACUGUGCUUAAAGCAGUGCUUACUCCGCCCAAAGAGCGGCGCAAGCUGAAUACUGAGGAACACUCGAUGUUCCAUGAUUUUGAUUAUGUAUCUGAAUGGUGUUAAGCCGGAUGGUCGUUGGUUGGUCUUUCUAUAUUUUGUGCCCAAUCUGUAUGGACUUCGGGCCGUGGGUUCGGCUUGGCAGUUGCACUGCGUGGAUGGGGCAGGCUGCAAUCCUCUUCACUCUCUUGGCGUUUCGUUUUGUAUCGAAAGAAAUGAUUUAAUUUGUCCGUCAUGGCUCAACAGUUCAAUAGGAAGCGGAAUUGAUGAUGUUUUUAUACGUACUUAAAUUUUGUUACGGGUUGCGAUGCGGUUUGUAAAAAUUUUGCAGCGCUGUUUUGAAGUUUGAGUUUUUCCAACCCUGAUGCAGCUGUUUGGUUAAUGUCGACAGUUCUGGACUUGAAAGUUCUACCAGUACUUAGUCGUCGGUAUGGUUUUCUAAUAAAUUAUUCUGAGUUGU